AUGGCACUGACUGAGCAGGGGGACUAUACCUAUAGAUACAAAGACCUCUCUCAUCCUAUAGAGUUUUUGGAUGCGUUCAGGACGUUCUAUCUCGAAGGGUUAUUCACUGAUAUUACCCUUCAGUGUGCUCCCGAUGUGCUAUUCCAUUGCCAUAAAGCUGUACUAGCUGCUUGUAGCAACUAUUUCAAAGCCAUGUUUACCUCUGACAUGAAAGAAAAGUCAAAGGAUCAGAUUUAUCUUUCUUUGUUCAGUCCUGCAAUACUAGAAUCCCUGGUGAUGUACACGUACACAUCAGAGAUCCAGAUAACAAAACAAAAUGUUCAAAGCCUCCUUCAAGCUGCUGAUCAUCUUCAGUUCACUUCUGUCAAAAAAGCCUGUGAGCAGUUUCUGAUCAGACAUUUAGACCUUGACAAUUGUUUAGGAAUGCACGCCUUUGCAGAAUUCCACGUCUGCUCAGAGCUGGAGAAGGAAUCCAGAAGGAUAAUAUUGUCCAGAUUUGAAGAAGUGUGGAGACGAGAAGAAUUUCUAGAGAUUAGCAACAAGAAACUCCAGUUCAUUCUCUCCAGAAAGAAGCUUGAUAUAUGGAAAGAAGAAGAAAUGACAGAGCCCAUUGCCAAAUGGAUUGCCUAUGAUGUGGACAGCAGGAUCGAAUACAUUUAUGAUCUGUUGAGGUGUCUUGAAAUUGAUUUAAAUGAAAUGUACUUGAAAUCAGCCCUCAGCUUGUACAAGAAAUACCAGUUAAAGGAAAAUAAAAUCAGAUCUCUAAUACGUAGUGUAUUAAGUCCCAAGCCAAGAGCAGUUACAAAAAGAUCUACCACUAUUAUGUAUGUGAUUGGGGGUUAUUACUGGCACCCUUUGUCUGAAGUGCAUAUAUGGGAUUCAGUAAACAAUGUUUGGGUCCAGGGAACAGAUAUGCCAGAUCACACACGAGAAAGCUAUGCAGUCACAAGCCUGGGACCCAAUAUUUACGUGACUGGAGGUUACAGAACAGACAAUAUAGAAGCCCUUGAUUUAAUGUGGAUAUACAAUUUUGAAACUGAUGAAUGGACUGAAGGCUGCUCCAUGCUUAAUGCAAAAUACUACCACUGUGCAGUUACCUUAAGUGGUUGUAUCUAUACUCUGGGAGGUUAUCGAAAAGGGGCUCCAACUGAAGAAGCGGAAUUCUAUGAUCCUUUAAGAAAGAAAUGGUUCCCAAUUGCAAACAUGAUUAAAGGUGUUGGAAAUGCCACUGCUUGUGUCCUGAAUGAAGUCAUCUAUGUCACCGGAGGCCAUUAUGGUUAUCGGGGAAGUUGCACUUAUGAUAAAAUACAACAGUACAACUCAGAUAUGGAUGAAUGGAGUAUAAUCGCCACAAGUUCGUAUCCAGAAUAUGGAUUAUGUUCCACUGCACUGGAAAACAAGCUGUAUCUUGUGGGCGGUCAGACGACAAUCACAGAUUGUUACGAUCCAGAGCAAAAUGUGUGGACUCAAAAGGCUGAUAUGAUAGAAAGAAGGAUGGAAGGCAGCGCAGUCGUCAUGAAUGGAUAUAUCUAUGUAACAGGAGGCUAUUCCUCUUCCAGAGGGUCAUACCUGCAGAACAUUGAGAAAUAUGAUCCUGAGUGUAAUAAAUGGGAAAUUGUAGGGAAUCUUCCUAGUGCUAUGCGUUCCCAUGGCUGUGUAUGCGUAUACACUGUGUAUGAUAAAGAAAAUGUCACUUCUGUGACUGGAACUACAAGAUAA